AUGAAAAAAGAGCUCAAGCAGAUCAGAGGAUGGAAUCUGUUUGUUCGCAUAGUAUGCAGGGAUGAAUUUGUCGCCAGUCUGUCUUUUCUGAUUUUCCAUCUUCUCUUCCCUUGGCCUUCUGAGGACCGUCAACACUUGGUCAUUCUCAUGGCCGAGUUUCCGAUCACUAAUGGCACCACAACUGUCAUCAAGGCCCCCGAGGGCUACUUGGUAGACUUUGAGCAUCCGCAACAACAAAAAGUGCUCGAACAUUACCUGGUGUUUGGAAUCUUGGGGUCCUUGGCAUUCUUGACUCUGAUCCAGAGAUUCUACACGAAGUUCCGUCUAUCCGAUGGCCCAAAGAUCGACGAUUCCAUGCUGUUAUUGACGUACCGCUAUCUGAACCCGAAAGAAACUGAUUCUCUCAAGGUUUGUUCUAUUGUCAUGCAGUCGGUACAGAUAUGGUCUAUAUCAAUAGGGGGUUUGGGUCACCACGCCUUCGAGAUGUCCAUACAGAUAUACGAGAAGCAUAUGCUAAGCUCUUAUAUUGUUGCCCCUGUGUUUAUCACCUGCAACGGCUUGACGAAAACCUCACUUUUGACCGCCUACCUCAAUAUUUCACCCCAGAGGUGGUACCGAAACGCAAUCUUGACAGCCAUUGCGAUGGUUUCUGCAUACACUAUCAUUAUCGCAUCACUUCUCCUUUUCCACUGCCAUCCGAUUCGCACAAACUGGGACCCGUACACCUCCGGAACAUGUCUAAACUCAGCAGUACUUUACAUGGCCAUCGCCGUUUCCAAUAUUGUUUCUGACGUCGUCCUUUUCAUCAUACCAAUACCCAUGGUUCUUCGCUUGCAGAUGCGGCCGGCUGUCAAAGUGGGAGCCGUGCUUAUGUUUGGCGUUGGAUCCAUAACUGUCACAACAUCUGUCGUCCGCAUGGUUUACUUGCAGUCGCUCCUUUCAUCCAAUGAUAUCCCAUGGGUAGCAGCCCCUGCAAAUGUCUGGUCUUUCGUCGAGGUGAAUCUAUUCAUAAUAUGUGGCUCAAUGCCUACCCUACGCAGAUUCUUCAGGGCAAUGGCACCUAAAUUGAUCGCCUCGGAGGGAUCGAGAGUGAAGGAAAGCACGCAUGCCAGUGUUUCUCGAGGGCCGCGCAGCAGAUACUCACAGUUCGACGUUGAGAUGGAGAGCCUUUCCAGUGAAAGCGGAGUUUUGGAAGAAAGCAAACAGCGCCAAUCCAAAGCGGGAAAUUGA